AUGGAGCACUUGCUUUAUGACAACCUCUGGCUCGACUUCGUGGCGGCGGCAGUCGAGUUUCCGGACAACAUCGCCCUACGAUGUAACGCUGCUGUCUUCACUUAUCAGCAGCUUCGCCGCGUGGUGGAGGUCCGGGCGGCCGUAUUGUCACGCCAGUACGGUUUGGUGUCGGGUUCGAGAGUGCUCCUACUCCUACAACGAGGAGUGUCUUUCGUCGUCACUGCCCUAGCGCUGUGGAAACUCGACUGCACUAUGAUCCCCCUCGAUGCUGACCUCACCCCAGAUAGUAGAGCGCAACAAGUGGCUGAGGAGGGUGACUGUGACCUUUUGAUAGUCACCACUGGUCGGAGUACCAUUGACUUGUCAUCGGUCAACGGCAGAGUCGUUGGGAUCGACGAGCUCGACCGGUUGGAAGAUUCUCAGGCUAUUGAAAAGGAGUGUGAUGAGAGGUCAGCACCAGCGUACAUAAUGUUCACGAGUGGCUCGUCUGGUCGGCCUAAGGGUGUAGUGGUGUCCCACACUAGUGUCGUCAAUGUGUUAGAGCACUUCGCUGCUGAGCUCGGACCAGACUGGCGUCGGCUGCUGGCGGUGACCACCUUCCAGUUCGACAUCUCCGUAUUGGAGUAUAUGCUGCCACUCACGACGGGAAGGCAGUGCAUCAUCGCUGACACCGAGACGUGUAGGAGUGCACCUAAGAUACUCAACAUGCUCAUUGAGGACUCCAUUGACUUGAUGCAGGCUACCCCUACGAUGUGGCAACUGUUGGUAGCUGCUGGGCUGUUGGAGAGAGCCAUGGGGCUCAACAGUGGACUGCAGAUCCUCUGUGGGGGCGAGCCCUUCCCAGCCCAUCUAAGGUGCCUCUGUGACGUUGCCUCGAAGGUCCUCAACUGCUACGGCCCCACCGAGACUACUAUCUGGUCGAGCACGUACCAAGUGUUGCCAGAUGAGGAUGGGCCUGUGCCUAUCGGUCGUCCUAUUCGGAACACUACUUUCAAAAUCAGUGCUGAUGGUGAGCUUAUCAUUGGUGGCGCGGGGGUGGCCCUGGGGUACUUCAGACGCCCCAAGGGGUCGGCUGGUGGUUUUUGUGUGGAUGGUUGGUAUGCUACUGGCGAUCGAGUCAGGUUGGAUCCUCAUCGCGGUGGUGACUACGUAUACUUGGGCAGGUUGGACGACUCCCAGGUGAAGGUGCGAGGGUACCGUAUCGAACUAGGGGAAGUUGAGAAGGUCCUCAAAGAGCAGCUAGCUGAGACCAGUCAGUGUGCGGUAGUGCCCUAUAGGGACCAUCUGGCCGCAUUCAUAACGGCGGACCCCUCACACAUCGACGUGGUCAGUCUCCGUCGAGAGCUGUCGAGGACAUUGCCACCGUAUAUGAUACCAACAUGGUUCACAUCGUUACCAUCCUUGCCAGUUACGGCCAACGGCAAGUUGGAUCGGAGAGCCUUGUCAGCCUACUCCGUCACCAAGGGUCGGAGGCGACCACAAAUGCCCACCAGCCCGCGAGGACGCAUACGGAAAUGCGUGAGUGAAGUGCUCGGGUUCGAGGUGCUUGACGACGCCUCGCUGGCCAGUCAAGGAGUCACUUCCCUCCUGGCUGUGGUUCUGGUUGAGAGCCUUUCCGAAGCGUUGGGAGUGGUCGUUGAUGUUGAGCACGUCUUUGCGCAUGCCCGAGCCGACUCUUUCUUUGGCUACAUAGAGGAGCUGGCAAAGGCAAAUACGGUGGUUCCAGUAGCCGUUAAGAAGGCUGAGAAGAAGGCGAAGAAGUUGGACCCGUUUUUGUCUGCUUGUCAAGAUGGCUCGGUGCUGGACACCUACACUAUAGAGGAGAUCCAAGACAAGACCACUACCGUUACUGAUCGCUUUGGGUCCUCCCCCUUGCAUUAUGCUGCUGGUGCUGGUCACUUGCGGGUCUGCAAGGUUCUAUUUCAAGUGGGUGGAAACCCUCACUACUGUGACCACAAGAGCGGUCGCAACGCCCUUCACUGGGCGGCACGGAACGGCAGAAUGGGCAUGCUGGAUUGGCUCCUUGAUGACUGUGAUGUGCCUGUGGACACCGAGACUAAGGAUGGCACUACUCCGCUACAGCUCGCAUGCUGGGGAGGCUCCCCUCAAGUGUGUGACGCAUUGGUCGCCCGAGGCGCGGAUGCCCAUCAUGUUAAUCGAUGGGGGUGUAUAGUAACUCACUUCGCAGCGUUGUCGGGCCAGCUAAAGACAAUGAAGUGGUGCUCUUCAGUACUGAGCCCUGAGGAACUAGCUCAGGGCAAUGACCAGGGCCACACAGCUCUGCAUAAGGCGGCGUAUGGGGGCCAUGGAGAUAUCUGUCGAUGGUUACUCACAUUUGACGUCUUUAGGAAGCUUAGGAAGACGCCCGAUGUUAGGGGGCAAACUCCUGCUAUUCUCGCCCGGAAAAGUGGGCAUGAAGGGCUGGCUGAAUUCCUUGAUGCUCGUUGUUGUUGAUAAUGAUAGUUCCUUGUAUGCUUUCAAUG